AGACGCGCCGCCGCCGCAUACUUGCUUGGGACGCCGUCGCGAGUGGCCUUGGCAGCCCACCUCCGGAAGCAAGGGAGCGACCAGCUGCUCCUGCUCGCCGCAUCCACCGCUCACCGGAGGAGGUAGGGGAACUCCAGUUCUGUCGAUCUUGCCGAUCUUUUGUUCAGAGUCUUCAAAUUUAGUUCAAAGUUCCCAGGCCGCAAAAGGUUCAGUUGGAAGCCUCUCAAAAUAGUUAAUCAGUUUCCGGAUUUUGGUACUAUGCCUCCUCUCCAAAUUAGUUGAAAAUUUGUCCGGAUCUUAAUCACAAGCCCGGAUUUUUGGCAUAAAAGUUCACCUGCCGAACGCUAUUGUGUCAAUAGCGUUCGGCAAGUAGUCUUUUAUGACAAAAAAAAAUCCACAAGCCCCAGCUCCGUAACUCUGGAAGUUUUCGUUUUCUUAGCUGAAGGGCUACUCGGUUUAGAUUUAACACUCUCUAGAAUAGUUGAAAUUGUUCGGAUCUUAACUGAGACUGUCUCUAAAUUCUGACUGAUAGCCUCUCUAUUCCAGUUAAAAAUUUCGUUUUCCUUUUGCUGGAGUGUUAAAAGCUAACUAACUUUGAGUUUCCGAGUUUGCAGAAGCUAAUCUCGGUUUACGUUUUGCUGGUAUUCACAAGGGAGCCAUGGAGGUUGCAGCAGGUGCGAUGAGUCCCCUCCUCCGCAAGCUCGGCGACCUGCUCGUCGACGAGUACAACCUGGAAAACAGAGUGAAGAAAGGAAUCCAGUCACUAGAGACAGAGCUGUCAUUUAUGCACUCCGCACUCCGCAAGGUGGGCGAGAUGCCAUCUCACGAGCUCGACCCACAGGUCUGCAUCUGGGCAGACAAGGUGAGGGAGCUGUCCUAUGAAAUCGAAGACGCUGUCGAUGCUUUCAUGGUGCGCGUGGAGGAGGAGGAGGGCUGUCACCAUGCUGGCCCAAUCAACACCAAAAAGAGAGUUAAGAAGUUCCUUAAACGAGCCACCAAAUUGUUCCGCAAGGGAAAGGGUCUGCAUCAGAUCUCCAGUGCCAUCGACGAAGCUCAAGAUCUUGCUAAACAGUUGGCCGAGCUACGUCAAAGGUAUGGGCUUGAAAUGCAGGGCACCAAGGCUGGUUCUACUAUUGACCCUCGUCUGACAGCUAUGUACAAAGAUGUGACGGAGCUUGUUGGUAUUGCCGACCCUUGUGAAAAGAUGAUCAAGAUGCUGAAGAUAGAGGGCGAUGAGGGUUCCAAGAAAGGAUUGAAGGUAGUCUCGGUCGUUGGAUUUGGCGGGUUGGGUAAGACAACUCUUGCCAAAGCAGUGUAUGAUAGGAUUAAAGCACGAUUUCUAUGUGCAGCUUUUGUUUCUGUGUCCCGGAAUCCUGAUGUGAGUAGAGUUUUCAAGGAUAUGCUCUAUGAGCUCGACAAGGUCCAGUUUGGGCACAUUCAUAAUGCAAACAUGGAUGAAAAGCAGCUUAUUGACAAACUACAAGAAUUCCUUGAGAACAAAAGCUAUCUCAUCGUGAUAGAUGACAUAUGGGAUGACAAAGCCUGGAAAUUUAUCAAGUGUGCUUUUUCUGAGAACAAUCACUGUUGUCGACUAAUCACAACAACCCGUAUAGCCAGUGUUGCUGAAGCAUGCUGCUCUUCAACUGAUGAUAUAAUUUAUAGAAAGGAUCCUCUUAAUGAUGAGGACUCCAGAAGGCUCUUUCAUAAACGAAUAUUUUCUCAUGGAAAAGAGUGCCCUAAUGAAUUGGCUCAAAUAUCUAUAGACAUCUUGAAGAAAUGUGGCGGGGUACCACUGGCCAUCAUUACUAUAGCAAGUCUUUUGGUUGUUAAUCAACGGAUAAAAUCAAUUGAUCAAUGGUAUGCUUUGCUUAAAUUGAUCGGUCGGGGACUUGAAGGAGAUGCUUGUGUGGAGGACAUGCAAAGGAUAUUGUCAUUCAGCUAUUACGAUCUACCUUCUCAUUUGAAGACUUGUUUAUUAUAUUUAAGUGUAUUCCCGGAAGAUUACGUGCUUGGGCGAGAUCGGUUAAUAUGGAGAUGGAUUGCCGAAGGUUUUGUCCAAGGUGGAAAACAAGAAACUAGUUUGUAUGAUCUCGGGGAGAGUUAUUUCAAUGAACUUAUAAAUAGAGGCCUGAUCCAGCCUGUAGACAUUGAUAUUGAUGGAAGGGCGAAAGCUUGUCAUGUUCGUGAUAUGGUGCUCGAUCUCAUUUGUUCACUCUCAAUAAAAGACAACUUUCUUACCAUAUUGGAUGGUAUUAAGCGGAACAAGCCUAAUUCACCAAGCAAGAUUCGCAGGCUAUCCAUUCAAAAUACCAUGGUAGAACCCACCACCCUUCGGCUUGAUACUAGGACCAUGCCACAAGUGCGGUCUGUUACUCUCUUUCCUUCUGCUAUUGAUCAGAUGACGUCUCUUUCAUGCUUCCAAGUUCUUCGUGUAUUGGAUUUGGAAUACUGUGAUCUCAGAGAGAUUGGCCAUAAGAUUAACAUGAGGUGUGUCGUGAAUUUAUUACACCUAAGGUAUCUAGGGCUAAGAAGUACAUAUGUGCUUCCGAAGGAAAUUGGAAAGCUACAGUUUCUGCAAACAUUGGACUUAGUAGAAACUGGUCUAAAAGAGUUGGUGCCAAGUAUUGUUCAGCUACAACAUCUGAUGUGCAUACACUUUGAUAAGUAUACAAAACUACCACUUGGAAUGGGGAACCUGACAUCCCUAGAAGAGCUGAGUGAACUCCAUGUGGACCGUUAUUCCUCGGGCAUUGUGGAAGAGCUUAGUCAUCUCAUUGAGCUGAGGGUGCUCCGAAUUAAUUUCGAAGAAUCUGAUGAGAACCAGGAUAAAGAUUUUGUAGAGGCCCUAGGCAAUCUGCGCAAAUUGCAAAGUCUAGAUAUUAAUGGUAAUGAUGGAUGUGUGGAUCUCCUGCGGGAAGGCUGGGUGCCCCCUCAACAAUUACAUAGACUGGCGGUGUUGAAUGGAAAGGACAACAGGUUCUUAACACUACCAGCGUGGAUUAGUCCUUCAUCGCUGCCACUCCUCUCAUACCUGAAUAUAUGGCUGGAUGAAGUUCAGGCCAAGGAUGUCCAGAUCAUCGGGAUGCUGCCAUGUCUUCGUUUUCUCAUGCUUGGGGCGUGGCGGCGGAUAGAAGAGCCCGAGGCAGAAUGUUUCGUGGUUACCGCUGAUGCAUUCCCAUGUGUUAGAGAGUGCAUAUUCUUCAAUUUUGUUAUGGCGCCAUCAUUUCCACGAGGAGCUAUGCCAAUGGUUCAGCUGGCCCAAUUCUGUUUCCGAGCAUGUGACAUUGCCAAUGCUAAUUUGGACUUGAGCAUCUGUCACCUAACUUCCCUAGAGCAGGUCCGCGUUGACCUCUGGUGUAAGAAGGCCAGCACUGGGGAGGUGAAGGAGGCUGAGGCUGCACUUUGGCUCGCUGUGGCCGCCCAUCCCUGCUGCCCCACUCUCUAUAGCAGGAGGAGGUGAAGAAACAAGAGUCAGGCUUGCAUCUACCUGGCUGUUAAGAGAUGAUUUUGUCGGCGCUACUCAAUUGUGUGUGCAAGCCUACACACAUAUCCCCUGUUUGCUGCUUCCAAGCCUUGGCCGUUUUGCUGGUCAUCCUCCAGAUCUCAUCCUCUCCGCCACAUUUCUGUUAUGGCACUUCUCUUAUACUCCCUCCGUUCCAAAAUAAAUGACCCAACUUUGUACUAAAGUUAGUAUAAAGUUGAGUCAUCUAUUUUGGAACGGAGGGAGUAAAAGUGUACCUAGUACUAGUAUGCUCGGAUCCUCCUGUAUAUAUGUAUGAGAAAAAGUAUGUUUUUGGUCCCUCAAGUUGCGAUUUAGUUUACAUUUGAUCCCUCCACAAAUAAUUGCAUAUAUUUGAUCCCUCAUCUUUUGAAACCGAACAAAGUUGGUCCAAAACCAGAUUUUACUUGAAACCACCAAUGAUGUGGCGUGGUUUUCACCCAAAAGAAAAAUAUGCCAGUCCACCUCAUAGUCUUCUUCCUCUCUUCACUGCUUUUCCUUCUCUUUGAGGCAUUUUAUCAAACACCCCACGUGCUUGGCCACGAACGGUAGCGCACAUCAGAUCAGACCAUGUUGAAUGAGAAGC